UCGCGAUAUUUGUCACGACUCCGCGUUUCAUCCAACAGCUGAUCACUAGAAGGAAAAGAGCUGAGAAGAUACACAAUUUAAAGAAGAAUAAACAUCUUUUUGCUUUUGUACAGAUUAUUUAUUUAAAAAAUAUGUCAGAGACAGACCCGAAAUCGGCGCAGGAUCUCACAGCAGUGGUACAGACAUUGCUGCAGCAGAUGCAGGAUAAGUUCCAGACAAUGUCAGACCAGAUCAUCGGGAGGAUUGAUGAAAUGAGUACCCGCAUCGAUGAUCUAGAGAAGAAUAUAGCAGACCUGAUGACUCAGGCAGGAGUGGAAGAGAUUGAGGGGGAGAACAAGGUCAAAGAUGGAGAGGCUUCCUAGUAGAGAAUGCUGAGUUAGAAGAAACAAAAAAAACAAAAAAAAAAACUCUUCAGGAGCAGCAACUUUUUCUCUAUGGUGACUAAAAUAUUUUGUUUUGAUGUAAUGAUAAAAGAUUUAAAGUCAGUCCUAAAACUUUGACUGUAACCCCCCCCCCCCCCACACACACACACAAACACACACUUUUUUUCUGCAAAGGACUUUUUAAACAUGACAUUCAACUGUAGAAUCGAACCCUGCAUUAUUGUAAGAGCACUAGCCCAAGUGCCAAACUAACACCAUUCCUGUUAAAGUGAAUUUGUUUGUCGAAUUAAAGUUGUUUAUUAAAA